AAUAGUGUGAAGAGAGUCAACCAAACCUUUUCUCUGAGCUAUUUUGGUGGCAUGUAUAUGUAAGGCUUCGAUGAGUCCACACAUUGCGUAUUAUCUUCACACCCAUUUUCCCCUCUCUCUCUGUCUCUCUCUCUCUCCUUGUCUUUGUGGUUUUCUCCAAACAAAAUCCGCUUUUUAAAGUCAAGCAUGCAGUGAUAGAUGCAUAACGAAACUAGGGUAUUGUUCACCAGUUCUUCGCAUCUGCUUGCAGAGGGUGGGAUUUAGAGAGAGAAAAAGAAAAAUUUGAGAGGAAGCUGAGACAUUUGGAUUAGUCCUCGUGUCUCCUCUACCUCUCUAUAUUUUUCUGGGCAUCAUUUCUGUUUUAGAUUGGGUUGUUUUUGAUGGGUUUUGUUUGGACUAAAUGUUUGUUGAGGAAAGAUUGAGUCUUUGAGGGGGAAUUGUUCGUUUACACACUAGAAAGUGGAAGGGAAAAAAAGGGUUAUUUUUGAUGAAUUUUGGAGGGUUUCUGGAUAAUAGCUUUGCUGGUGGUUUUGGUGGCGGCGGCGGCGGCGCAAUGCCUAGUGGUCCGGUGGCUCAUCCUUGCCUUGUUCCUCAGUCUCUUGCUAAGUCCAUGUUCAACUCUCCAGGACUCUCUCUAGCCCUCCAAACCGGUAUGGAGGGCCAAGGAGAAGUGGCAAGGAUAGGUGAGAGCUUUGAAGCUAAUAACAAUGGCGGCCAUAACGGCAGUGGGAGAAGAAGCCGUGAAGAAGAGCCUGAGAGCAGAUCUGGAAGUGACAACUUGGAGGGCGUUUCUGGGGAUGAUCAAGAUGCUGCCGACGAUAAGCCUCCCAGGAAGAAAAGAUACCACCGACACACCCCUCAGCAAAUCCAAGAACUCGAGGCUUUGUUUAAGGAGUGUCCCCAUCCAGAUGAGAAACAAAGGUUGGAGCUAAGCAAAAGGCUUUGCUUGGAUAUUAGGCAGGUUAAGUUUUGGUUCCAGAAUAGAAGAACACAGAUGAAGACACAACUGGAACGCCAUGAGAAUUCGAUAUUGAGGCAAGAGAAUGACAAGCUUAGAGCGGAGAACAUGGCGAUUAGGGAGGCUUUAAGGAACCCGAUUUGCAACAACUGUGGUGCUCCGGCGAUGAUUGGGGAGAUUUCGUUGGAAGAGCAGCAUCUCCGGAUUGAGAAUGUGAGGCUCAAGGAUGAGCUAGACCGGGUUUGCGCCCUAGCUGGGAAGUUCCUAGGCCGGCCCGUUUCGUCUUUAACCACUUCCAUGGCUCCUCCGUUGCCCAAUUCGAGCUUGGAGCUUGGAGUUGGGAGCAACGGUUUUGGGGAGCUGAGUGUGGUUCCCACGACCACGCUGCCCUUAGCUCCGCCUGAUUUUGGCGUUGGGAUUUCAAGCGCACUGCCUGUGGUGCAACCGACUAGGCAUGUCAAUGGGGGGAUCGAGAAAUCGUUGGAAAGAUCUAUGUACUUGGAGCUCGCUUUGGCUGCCAUGGAUGAAUUGGUUAAGAUGGCUCAGGCUGAUGAGCCUCUCUGGGUGAGAAGCAUGGAAGAGGGUAGGGAAAUUCUCAAUCAAGAACAGUAUGUCAAGACUUUUACUCCUUGCAUUGGUUUGAGACCCAAUGGUUUUGUCUCUGAGGCUUCUAGGGAGACAGGCAUGGUGAUUAUCAACAGUAUGGCUCUUGUGGAGACACUAAUGGAUUCUAACAAGUGGGCUGAAAUGUUUCCUUGUCUUAUCGCUAGAACAUCGACAACAGAUGUGAUUGCAAGUGGCAUGGGAGGAACCAGGAAUGGUGCACUUCAGCUGAUGCACGCAGAACUCCAAGUUUUAUCCCCGUUAGUUCCAGUUCGCGAGGUGAAUUUCCUCCGCUUCUGUAAGCAGCACGCAGAAGGAGUUUGGGCUGUCGUCGAUGUGUCGAUCGACACCAUCCGCGAAACAUCUGGUGCGCCCGUGUUUCCCAACAGCCGUAGGCUCCCUUCUGGCUGCGUAGUACAAGAUAUGCCCAAUGGGUACUCCAAAGUUACGUGGGUAGAACACGCAGAAUAUGAGGAGAGUGUAGUUCACCAGCUCUACCGACAGAUGAUAAGUGCGGGCAUGGGGUUCGGCGCACAGCGGUGGGUUGCAACUCUCCAAAGACAAUGCGAGUGCCUCGCCAUUCUCAUGUCAUCCACCUUACCAACGAGAGACCACACGGCUAUAACUCCUAGUGGGAGGAGGAGCAUGUUGAAGCUGGCACAGCGAAUGACUAACAACUUCUGUGCGGGCGUGUGUGCUUCGACAGUCCACAAAUGGAACAAGCUGUGCACCGGGAAUGUGGAUGAAGACGUUCGUGUUAUGACUAGGAAGAGCGUGGAUGAUCCCGGUGAGCCGCCCGGCAUUGUGCUGAGCGCUGCCACCUCCGUCUGGCUGCCAAUAUCCCCAGGAAGGCUGUUCGAUUUCCUCCGGGAUGAACGGUUGAGGAGCGAGUGGGACAUUCUCUCCAAUGGCGGACCAAUGCAGGAAAUGGCACAUAUUGCCAAAGGCCAAGACCAUGGCAACUGCGUCUCCCUCCUCCGUGCCAGUGCAAUAAACGCGAACCAGAGCAGCAUGCUGAUCCUCCAGGAGACAUGCAUAGACGCGGCGGGGUCGCUGGUGGUGUACGCCCCCGUGGAUAUUCCGGCAAUGCACGUGGUGAUGAACGGUGGAGAUUCCGCGUACGUUGCGCUUCUCCCUUCUGGCUUCGCCAUCGUACCCGACGGUCCAGCCUGUCGCGGGCCCACCGCGGAGAACGCCGCGGUCCCGGAGCACCGACCCGCCGGCGGCUCGCUCUUGACGGUGGCGUUUCAGAUCUUGGUCAACAGCCUCCCCACGGCCAAGUUAACGGUGGAAUCGGUGGAGACGGUCAACAACCUUAUAUCCUGCACCGUUCAAAAAAUCAAGGCCGCCCUUCACUGCGAGAGUUGACCGGACCACGUGAUCUUCACGUGGAACCAAUGUUUUUUUUUUUGGUCAUGAGUUUUAAUUAUCUGACUAGGUUUAUGUCGUGUUUGGUGGAUUAUCGUACUAUGUAUAAUCUGUUGUAGAGAAAAGCGAGUCAAGAACGAACCGCGAAAACAACCCUUUGCGCCGUCGCAUGGGGUGCCGCCGGCCACCCUGCAAGGCGGUGGCUCGGCGGGGGAUAAACGCAAUCCGAGGGGUACGUGGUGGUUCGGGUAUUGACUCGGACAUAUUGGGGUGGCUGAAUUUGAUCGAGUUCAUAAUUAAUUAUUAGGUGUGAAUGAAUGGUUUUUCUUUUCUUUCUUUCAUUUUCCUUAUUAUUAACUUGCUUGUGAAUUGUGAUGUAUUUGAAGUUAUGUAAUGAUUUUUGUUAUCAUAUAUGGAGUAGACAUUUAAUAAUUUCA